ACUUCUUGUGUUUUGAAACAGAGCAAGAGCAGCGCUUUAGCAGACACCAUCAUCAUCCAUGGAUGGAGGAGAUAUAUACAGAGCGGGCAACAGCCUGCGCGCGACCAGCUCCACUUCGUGGAGGAACCAGGCAUCGAUGGCGGAUGUUUUGUCGAGAUCGUCGCGCGAUGAGGAUGACGAGGAAGCUCUGAGAUGGGCUGCUCUCGAGAAACUCCCCACCUUCAAGCGUCUCCAGAAAGGGAUUCUGACGGCCAGCGGCGGUGCUAACCAAAUCGAUAUCUGGAACCUGGGCUUUCAUGACAGGAAGGGGUUGCUUGAGAGGUUAUUGAGGGUCACUGAGGAGGACAACGAGGGCUUCUUGCUGAAGCUCCGGAACCGCAUUGACAGAGUUGGAAUUGAUGUUCCUACAAUUGAAGUCAGAUUCGAGCAUUUGAAUGUGGAGGCAGAGGCUCAUGAAGGAAGCAGAGCUUUGCCCACCGUCAUUAAUUUCUGCACUAGUAUUCUGGAGGGCUUCUUGAAUUUUCUGCACGUACUUCCUAGUAGAAAGAAGCACUUGACCAUCCUUCAAGAUGUCAGUGGGAUCAUCAAACCUGGCAGGAUGACUUUGCUUCUAGGUCCACCUAGUUCAGGAAAGACCACGCUCUUGUUAGCUUUGGCCGGCAAGCUUGAUCCUGAACUAAAGACGACAGGAAGGGUAACUUACAAUGGACAUGUCAUGAAUGAGUUUGUGCUUGAAAGAACUGCGGCUUACAUAAGUCAACACGAUCUUCACAUAGGAGAAAUGACUGUUAGAGAAACUCUGGCCUUCUCUGCAAGAUGUCAGGGAGUUGGAUCACGAUACGGUUAGCAAAUUUGAUACUUUCCUAUUUUAUGAUGUCAUAUUUGAGUUUGACUUGGACAAUUUUUCUUUUUCGAAUAAAAAAUGCUGAUUCCUUUGGCGGCAUCUGCAGAUCUGUUGUCAGAGUUGUCAAGAAGAGAGAAAGCGGAAAAUCUAAAACCAGAUCCUGAUAUCGAUAUCUUCAUGAAGGCAGCAGUAACAAAAGGUCAAGAGGCUAAUGUCGUCACUGAUUAUAUCCUUAAGAUUUUAGGGUUGGAAAUAUGUGCUGAUGCGAUGGUCGGAGAUGAAAUGUUGAGGGGUAUUUCCGGAGGACAACGGAAGCGUGUGACCACAGGUGAGAUGCUGGUGGGGCCUGCCGAGGUAUUUUUGAUGGAUGAGAUAUCAACUGGGCUCGAUAGCUCGAUAACAUACCAAAUUGUCAACUCCCUGAAACAAUUUAUACACAUUCUUGAUGGAACGGCGGUUAUCUCUCUCCUCCAACCAGCUCCGGAGACUUAUGAUCUGUUUGACAACAUUAUUCUCCUAUCUGAUGGUCAAAUUGUGUACCAGGGCCCACGUGAACUCGUCCUAGAUUUCUUUGAAUCCAUGGGAUUCAAAUGCCCUAUGAGGAAGGGUGUUGCUGAUUUCUUGCAGGAAGUAACAUCAAGAAAAGAUCAGCAUCAGUAUUGGGUACGCAAAGAUGAGCCUUACACUUUUGUCACGGUUCGGGAAUUUGCAGAGGCAUUCCAGUCAUUUCAUGUGGGAAGAAAGCUCGGGGAUGAACUUUCCACUCCAUUUGAUAAGAGCAAGAACCACCCAGCCGCUUUGACUACCAAAAGAUUUGGUGUUGGAAUGAAGGAUUUGCUUAAAGCUUGCAUUUUAAGAGAAUACUUGCUUAUGAAAAGGAACUCAUUUGUCUACAUCUUCAAGGUCUCUCAGCUCAUAUUUAUGGCGUUUGUUUCGAUGACCCUAUUCUUACGGACUAAGAUGCAUCGGGAUACUGUAACUGAUGGAGGAAUUUACAUCGGUGCCACGUUCUUCACCGUGAUGAUGAUCAUGUUCAAUGGAAUGGCAGAGCUUUCAAUGACUAUAGCCAAGCUCCCAAUUUUCUACAAGCAAAGAGACCUCCUCUUCUAUCCAGCAUGGGCAUAUGCUCUACCAUCCUGGAUUCUAAAAAUCCCUAUCACAUUUGUGGAGGUUGCAGCUUGGGUGUUCAUCACCUACUACGUCACUGGAUAUGAUCCAAAUGUUGGAAGGUUGUUCAAGCAGUAUCUUUUGCUUGCGGCCAUUAGUCAGAUGGCCUCUGGAUUGUUUCGAUUGACCGCGGCACUUGGGAGAAACUUGAUCGUUGCCAAUACAUUCGGGUCAUUUGUUAUGCUCGUACUCUUUGCAUUGGGCGGAGUUGUUCUUUCCCGAGAGGACGUAAAGAAAUGGUGGAUAUGGGGAUAUUGGACAUCUCCUUUAAUGUAUGGGCAGAAUGCCAUAGUCGUCAAUGAAUUUUUAGGAUCGAAUUGGAAUAAGAUUCCCCCAAAUUCAAGUACAAACGAACCCCUAGGAAUUCAAGUUUUGAAGUCUCGUGGGUUCUUUACUGAAGCAUAUUGGUAUUGGAUAGGACUUGGGGCAUUGUUUGGGUUCAUCAUCCUCUUCAACUUUGGGUUUUCGGUGGCUCUCGCUCUUCUUAAUCCCUUUGGCAAAUCCCACUCAGUAAAAUCAGAUAAUCCUGAGGGCAACAAGAACGUUGAUAGAAUAGAAGGAUCAAUUCAGUUGCAAUCUCGAGGCUCUAGUCUGAGAAAUGGAUCUGGUAUGAAGGAGGUCAUCAAGCCCAAGCCUGAGACAGCUGUUGCCGCCAAUACGAAAAGAGGAAUGGUGCUCCCAUUUGAGCCGCACUCAAUUACUUUCGAUGAAAUAACUUAUUCAGUUGAUAUGCCACGGGAAAUGACGAAUCAAGGUGCUCCUGAGGAUAGAUUGCUGCUCUUGAAAGGUGCAAGUGGUUCUUUUAGGCCAGGCGUUCUUACUGCUCUAAUGGGCGUUAGCGGUGCUGGUAAAACUACUCUAAUGGAUGUGUUGGCUGGGAGAAAAACCGGAGGAUACAUCAAGGGCAACAUAACAAUUUCUGGGUAUCCAAAGAAUCAAGAUACAUUUGCUCGGAUUUCUGGAUAUUGUGAACAAAACGAUAUCCAUUCACCUCAUGUUACUGUCUAUGAGUCCUUAAUUUACUCGGCAUGGCUGCGUUUGCCUCCUGGCGUGGACGACCAAACCAGAAAGCUGUUUGUUGAGGAAGUUAUGGAACUUGUGGAGCUAAAUCCGCUGAGACAGGCCUUGGUUGGUUUGCCUGGUGUGGAUGGUCUAUCCAUCGAGCAACGCAAAAGGCUGACCAUUGCAGUUGAACUAGUCGCAAACCCCUCCAUCAUUUUCAUGGACGAACCUACCUCAGGGCUUGAUGCAAGAGCUGCUGCUAUUGUCAUGAGAACAGUUAGGAAUACAGUGGACACAGGGAGAACAGUCGUAUGCACAAUUCACCAACCAAGCAUUGAUAUAUUUGAAGCUUUCGAUGAGCUUUUCUUAAUGAAGCGAGGGGGACAGGAGAUAUAUGUCGGCCCUCUGGGUCGUCAUUCUUCUCAUCUAAUAGAGUAUUUUGAGGGAAUCCAAGGAGUUAGUAAAAUCAAAGAUGGCUAUAAUCCAGCAACUUGGAUGCUCGAAGUUACAAGCCCAGCACAAGAACUGGCUUUAGGUGUCGAUUUUUCUGAUCUAUACAAGAACUCAGAUUUGUACAGGAGAAACAAGGCUUUGAUUGAAGAGUUGAGCAUACCUCCUCCAAAUUCUAAGGACCUCUAUUUCCCGACUAAGUAUUCUCAGUCAACUUUCACCCAAUUGAUGGCUUGCUUAUGGAAGCAACAUUGGUCUUACUCGAAUCCGCCGUACACGGCUGUUCGGUUCCUCUUCACCAUCUUCAUUGCCUUAACGUUUGGGACUAUGUUUUGGGACCUCGGCUCUAAAACGACCCGGAGUCAAGAUUUGAUGAAUGCGAUGGGAUCUAUGUAUGCGGCUGUUAUCUUCCUUGGGGUCCAAAAUGCAGCUUCUGUGCAACCAGUUGUUGCAGUGGAGAGAACGGUUUUCUAUAGAGAGCGAGCUGCAGGGAUGUACUCGGCCCUACCAUCAUUAGCACAGGUUCUAAUUGAAGUCCCUUAUAUCCUCGUGCAAGCUAUAUCAUAUGGUAUCAUAGUUUAUGCAAUGAUUGGAUUCAAAUGGACCGUUGCAAAAUUUUUCUGGUAUCUAUUCUUCAUGUUCUUCACAUUGUUGUAUUUCACAUACUAUGGUAUGAUGGCCGUGGGCAUGACCCCAAACCACCACAUCGCUUCCAUCAUCUCUUUUGCAUUCUAUGCCCUAUGGAACCUCUUUUCCGGUUUCGUCGUGCCAAGGACUAGGAUACCUAUCUGGUGGAGAUGGUACUAGUGGGUGUGCCCCGUUUCUUGGACUUUAUAUGGAUUGGUGGUCUCUCAAUUCGGCGAUUUGACAAAUACGCUUGAAGACACUGGGGACACAGUGGAAGAUUACAUGAGAGAUUACUUCGGUUAUCGACACGAUUUUUUGGGCGCAAUUGCCGCGGCGAUGAUAGGAUUCACAAUGCUUUUCGCAUUCGUUUUCGCCAUUUCCAUCAAGAUACUGAAUUUCAGAGGCGGUAGACUUCAGUAUCACCUCGAUCGGCAAAACAAAUGUGUUUCUCUAUUAGAAAAUGAUAUCUAAUUACUAUAGCAAGUAUAUGUAUUUUUUUGCUUUUCUAGCAACUCUCUACAUCUUUUUCGGUCAUAUGGAUCUUUCCUGGGAGACCGAUUAAAUUGGGAAUCAUGCUGCAGCAAACAAACCUUCUUAUGCAAUAUUGUCUUCCAUCUGUGUACAUGGUCUACAGAUGCUUCAAGCAUAUGUAUUGUUGGGCCUCCACUUAGGCCCAAGAAAUUUUGUAUGUUCAUUUAGGGUGCGCAUGGCAACGUUUUUAUUCGAGGGAACUAUUUCUUUUCAGAA